CGGCUCGCGAGCUUAAAGGAGAGACUCGGGUUUGAGGAGAAACGGGUGGAUCCUUUAGAAUCCAGUAGGAUCCGGCAAAAUCCAGCUUUUACCCACACCCGUCGAAUGACCCCCACACAGAACACACAACGCAGCCGCCCUGAGCCAAUGUCAGACGGCCGCUGAAGAGGGAAAGGAGGCGGCGGCGGCGGCGAAGAGACAGCGAGCGAGCCAGCCUUGUACACCCAGCAUGUAAACAAUACAUGGAAGUUACCAAGUAAUGCUAAGCUAGCAAGCAGCAACAACCACCCAAGGUGCAAAGGAGGCGCCUGGCCUGAAGCAUCCCCAGUAACCCUUCCUUUCCCCUGCCCACAGAAGGGCCGAUUGCCCGGUUUCCUAGCGGGCGAGGGGAGCAGAAUCGGAUACAGUCAUACACCGAAGAGGAGGAGGAGGAGGAAGGAGGAGGCUGAAGGCAGCCGCCAGGGCAGAAGAGGAUGGAUUUCCAGCAGCUGGCUGACGUUGCGGAUAAAUGGUGCUCCAACACCCCUUUCGAGCUUAUCGCGACGGAGGAGACCGAGAGGAGGAUGGAUUUCUACGCCGACCCAGGCGUUUCCUUUUACGUCUUAUGUCCGGACAACGGCUGCGGAGACAAUUUUCAUGUCUGGAGUGAAAGUGAGGACUGCUUGCCUUUUCUGCAGUUGGCUCAGGACUACAUUUCUUCCUGUGGUAAAAAGACACUCCAUGAAAUUCUGGAAAAAGUCUUCAAAUCAUUUAGACCUCUAUUGGGGCUUCCAGAUGUAGACGACGAUGCAUUUGAAGAAUAUAAUGCAGAUGUGGAAGAAGAGGAGGCAGAAGCUGAUCACCAGCAGAUGGGUGUCAGUCAGCAGUAAUAUUCAGAGGAAUUAAAAUAUAUUUUAUCUUACCAGGAUGAGAUGAUUCCUCGGAAGACCCUUUUGGGGAGGGAAGAACCAUUAAAGGGAGCUAGUACCGCUCAUGAUGUUUCUCCCUUCAUGAUAAGUUAGAUUCCUCAGAAGUCCUUUAGAGAGCAAGGGAGAGAAUAGCAUAAUAAUAUCAACAUCUUGUAUCCCAUAUGUAAAUGACAAGGCCAUAAAGCAAUAUCUUUGUUUAGGUAGACUCUGGACAAAUAAGAACCCUUUUUUCAGAAGUAGGAUUUAUUUAGCAAUUACUCAGAAGCCAUUUACAAUAGUGCUGUGUCCCUUUGCCUUCAUUAACUGGUUCAUCCAAGAAAGAGAAGAUUCCAAGUAGAAGCACCACACCGGUCUUUGAACAAUGUUGGAUCAGAAGAUCCAGUUAAAUGCCUAGGAAACUCUCUGUCCAACUACAAUUCCUUGCUAGUUGUACAAGUCCAAAACCUACAAUGCAAGUUCAAAACUAGUUCUGUUUGAAUUUCUGUAUUAUGUAUUUCUGUGUGUAGCAGUUCUUACAGACCUAUUUCCCUGUGACUUCCAUUCUUCCCUUUCCAUAAUCCCUUCAACAGCAGAGCUAUAAGGGAGAAAGGGUGAGGAUACACACCUGUAAUUUCCAUUCUGGUGGGCUUAUUUGGCAAGACUGAUAUUUUAAUGUAGAAACCUUUUGUGAAGGAUGUAGAAUAGCUGUGAUUAGAUAUUUUGGUACUAAUUAUAAUUAGUUUUGUAUUCUUUCAAAAGAAUGCAUGCCAAGUAUUUCCAUGCCAAAAAUUUAUCCUACAAUUCUUCCCUAUCAGUUCUCAUUCUUAAUGGAAGAAAUGUUGCUUUUGAAAUUUCUUUCAAAGGACAAUUGAAUUUUGACAAAAGUCUCAUGGGUGGAGUGUGGUAUUCUUAGAUUUACUUCAUUGUAAGGUGGCCAAGGAGUAUGUGUGAAUGUCCUCUCUUUCAUUGUCCAAUCAUAUCUUCACUGGUCUGCAGCCUCCCUGUCUUUCCAUGCUUCAGUUAAAUUCUAAGGGAAGAAGACAUCAUGAGAGAACUCCAUGGACCUUUUUUCAGAUUGGAAAGUGUGGACAUCCAGAGUUACUUCAGGAUUAUGGAAAGAUGUAUGAGAGAAAAUAAGCAUCCUUCACCAUCAUCAACAAUAAAUUCAAUUAAAAGAAAUUCAAAAGAAAAUUUCAAGCACCCUGAGAAUAAAGUAGAAAAAAAGUAGACGCUUCUUUCUCAGGGGAAGAAAUCUAAGAAACUGCAAGACAAAUUCUGGAGUAGCAUUUUUCUUACUUAGAAAAUAGUUAUGGAAGUUAUGGAAAAUAGUCAUUAGCCUGCAACAGGUAGAGGGAAUCUGUUGGAUCCGAAAACAUCAUAUAGAAGGCAGCAGAAGGAACAGCAUAUACAAUUAUUGACUGGAGGGUUUUUUUCUUUCAAGCUUCCCUUUCUGUCAUGCUAGAUGAAAACAACGAUAUUGCUGCCUCUCAAAGACCUCAUUUUUCAGUUUUCAAAUUAGAUUUAACUUUUGGUUUGUUUUGAUUGACUUCACGUUUUUCUUUGUAAUGCAUAUAUUGAUCCAAGCACAAAGACCCCAAAAAAGAAAAACACCUCUGUCACAGGAGUGAAUGAACAACUCUCAACUAUUGACCAGGCUGGCGGGGGGCUGCUGGAACUGUUGUUCAACAAAUAAGUGCAUUCAAGUACAAAGUGAAUAUUUAUGCACAAGAAGGUGCUCUUUAUGUACAUGAAUUCUGUUUUAACAAGAUGACUUGUGAUACAAAGAGUAGUUACCUCAGUGUAACUUGAUACAUCCUUGAUUAACUACAAUCCAAGAUAUAUCACAUUCUCAAACUCUCUCACUUGUAAUUUCAAGGAGGGUGGGGGUGACAGGUUUUCAUCGCUUUGUUGGCAUCUUUAUUUGUGUUUUAGGAAUUGUAGUUCUACAACAUCUGGAGGGCUACAGAUUCCUUUUUUUAAAGCUUCCUUCAGCAUGUUUUUUUGUUUGUUUGUUUUUUUGGAGAUAGCAAACCUGUAAAAUAUAUUGUAGAAAGAAAGGAAGAUGUUGGUUAACCUGCUUAAAAGUAGUGUUCAUUCAAUGAAAUCCUAUCCAUGUUGCCUUUUCCUAAUGCCUGGGUAUAAAAUCCAAAAAUGUAGCUCAACAUCACUAUCUUGCCAUUAAAGAGCUUACCAAAUUUUUCA